CGCCGUCUCACAAUUCGCUGAAGGAGCAAAGAACAUCCUAGGUUCUAAGUAGGGCUUUUAGUGUGCUCAUUGAUGAGUGAAAGUCGCCACACAUGUCAAGCUAAAGGCAGUUGUUGGGUUACUAACAGGACCCAGCGCCUUGCAAACAUAUGCGCUAAGCUGUGUAUACAGAUGGCGGGCAGAAUAAUGGAGCAGGCGCCUUUUAUAAAGCUCUAGCUGCUGCCUGUCUUCAGACCUGGGAAAUGAAACUAUUCAGACUCGCGGCCAGAUAGCGCCUGCGAUUGUUUGUUACCGUUUUAAUCCUAUUAAUUAAAACGUUAACCUGAUUGGGUAGCAAGCGCUGUCCCAACAGGCGAGUCUUCUUCAUAAUAACCUACUCAGAGAUAAUGAUGUAAAAGACUCCCCCGUCUGUGGCGGCGGCUGGUUGAUGGGUCCGGAAAUCUCUUGAAGGUGAAUCCAAGCAAGAUAAACGGCGCGGAGAGGCGGCGCGGGGCUGGGCUCAGAGCGGCGGCGGCGGCGGCGGCGGCGGCCGCACACCCCGGGCGCCCACCCUCCCACCAUGCGGGGCCGCGGCCCAUGGUGAGCCCCGGCAGCCGGCACCAUCGGCUGGAGACGAAGAAGACGAAGAAGAGGAGGCGGCGAGCGCGGGGGAAGGCGAAAAAGAAAAAGAAGGAGAGACGGCUGCCAGCUGCCCCGGGAGGGACGCGCGCUCCAGCCCCGGAGCCCGGCUCGGGCGCGUGUGCGGCUCCGCCCGACUCGGGGGCCAAAGCGGCGGCGGCGGCCGGCGCUGCGGGCCGGGGCUUCGAGCCGGCGCCGGGCCAUGGAGCGCGGGCUGCACCUCGGCGCGGCCGCGGCGGGCGAGGACGACCUCUUCCUGCACAAGAGCCUGAGCGUGGCCACCGCCAAGCGCCUGGAGGCGGCUUUCCGCUCCACGCCCCCGGGCAUGGACCUGUCGCUGGCGCCGCCGCCGCCUCCGCCGCCACGGGAGCGCCCGGCGUCCAGCUCGUCGUCGCCCCUGGGCGGCUUCGAGCCGGCUGACCCCGAUGGGGCAGGGCUGCUGCUGCCUCCGCCCGGGGGAGGCGGCGGCGGCGGCGGCGGCGGCGGGGUGGGGGUGCCGGGGCUGCUCGUGGGCCCUGCCGGCGUUGGGGGCGACCCCGGCCUCAGCAGCCUGCCUGCCGGGGCCGCCCUGUGCCUCAAGUACGGCGAGGGCGCGGGCCGAGGCUCGGCGGCGGCGGAGAGCAGCGGCGGCGAGCAGAGCCCCGACGACGACAGCGACGGCCGCUGCGAGCUGGUGCUCAGGGCCGGGGGCGCAGACCCCAGGGCGUCCCCGGGCGCGGGGGGCGGCGGCGCCAAGCAGGCCGAGGGCUGCUCCAAUGCCCACCUGCACGGCGGCGCCGGCGGCCCCCCGGGGGCCCCGGGCGGAGGCGGCGGCGGGAGUGGCGGCGGCGGCGGCGGCGGCGGCGGCGGAGGCGGCAGCAAGAAAUCCAAAGAGCAGAAGGCGCUGCGGCUGAACAUCAACGCCCGGGAGCGCCGGCGGAUGCACGACCUGAACGACGCGCUGGACGAGCUGCGCGCCGUGAUCCCCUACGCGCACAGCCCCUCGGUGCGGAAGCUCUCCAAGAUCGCCACGCUGCUGCUCGCCAAGAACUACAUCCUCAUGCAGGCGCAGGCCCUGGAGGAGAUGCGGCGCCUCGUCGCCUACCUCAACCAGGGCCAGGCCAUCUCCGCCGCCUCGCUGCCCAGCUCCGCGGCGGCCGCGGCGGCCGCGGCUGCCCUGCACCCCGCGCUCGGCGCCUACGAGCAGGCGGCGGGCUACCCGUUCAGCGCCGGGCUGCCCCCGGCCGCCUCCUGCCCGGAGAAGUGCGCCCUGUUCAACAGCGUCUCCUCCAGCCUCUGCAAACAGUGCACGGAGAAGCCUUAAACCACCCCCCAGCACCACCGCCACCACCUCUCCCUACAGCCUGUAUCCCCCGGGAGGGGGGGACAACCACAACAAAACACAACGCAAGACGGACCCGAAAGUUUGAAGAAAGUGAACAGCACCCCCCCAUCCCUCCCCAAACUCCU